GAAGGCCAGGGCCACGCACCGCCGGCUCCCCUACGUCGCACCCCACCUGGCUCGGCGGGUCUGCGGACUGCGGCUGCCGCCUUCCAGGGGACCAGAUGGCCUCUGAAGGCCUGGAGGGGGAGCUGGCGGCGGUACUGGGGGGCCAGGGGCCGUGCGUGCAGAGCUGUGACUCGGAGCCGGCCGGGGAGCUGCCGGCACCCGUGCGGCUACGGAGGAACGUCUGCUACGUAGUCCUGGCCGUGUGUCUCAACGAGCAGGAUGAGGUGCUGCUGAUCCAGGAGGCCAAGAAAGAGUGCCAUGGGUCGUGGUACCUGCCCGCGGGGAGAAUGGAGCCCGGGGAGACCAUCGUGGAGGCGCUGCGGCGGGAGGUGAAGGAGGAGGCCGGGCUGCACUGUGAGCCUCUGACCUUGCUGUCUGUGGAGGAGCGGGGCCCCUCCUGGAUCCGCUUCGUGUUCCUUGCUCACCCCACAGGUGGUGUUCUCAAGACUUCCAAGGAGGCAGAUGCAGAGUCCCUGCAGGCUGGCUGGUACCCACGAACCUCCCUGCCCACUCCGCUGCGGGCCCACGACAUCCUGCGCCUGGUGGAGCUGGCCGCCCAGUACCGCCAGCAGGCCAGGCACCCUCUCAUUCUGCCCCAAGAGCUUCCCUGCAGUCUGGUCUGUCAGCGGCUCGUGGCCACCUUCACCAGUGUCCAGACGGUGUGGGUCUUGGUGGGCACAGAGGGGGUGCCUCACUUGCCCAUCACUGCCUGUGGCUUCACUGCCAUGGAGCAGAGGGGUGGCAUCAAGGUGGCCGUCUUGCGGCUGCUGCAGGAGUGUCUGACUCUGCACCACUUGGCAGUGGAGACCAAGGGGUUGCUGGGACUACAGCACCUCGGCAAAGACCAUACAGAUGGUGUCUGCCUGAAUGUGCUGGUGAUGGUGGCUUUUCGGAACCCAGGUACCCAAAAUGAGCCCCCAAAGGUUCGGGGUGAGAACUUCUUUUGGUGGAAGGUGAUGGAGGAAGACCUACAAAACCAGCUCUUACGGAGGCUUCAGGAAUCGUCUGUUGUCCCAGUCAACAGAUAGGAAGGUGCCAUCAGUGGACAAGGAGCUGGCUGAGCUGGCUGGCUGUGCUCCGUCCACCGUGGUUUCACCUCCCUCUGAGGGAGGCAGGAGGUUGGCAACCAGGGAUCCUGUCGUAUUGGGAGCAGGGCAGUUCUUCUCAGGGGGACUUCCAUCUCUCCUCGCCAUGGGGCAGGCCCCUGCGUUGCACCAAAAGGGACAGUGCCUUUAACCAAGCAAGGAGUCCAGAGCUCAAGGACCCAGCUGUCAUGAGGCACAGUGAGGGCACUGCUCCCUCAGGGGAUGUGAGAACUUUCUGGAUCUGAGACAGCAUCUUCUCAUCAUUUUCUGUGCCAGAUUCUCAG